ACACACACACACAUACACACACUGAGAGAGAGAGACAGACAGACAGACAGACGAGAUUGCGCCCUCCUCUGUGUGUGUGUGUGUGUGAGUGUGUAUGUGCAUGCAGUGUGUGUGUGAGCGCGCUGCGCUGUGCACGUCGCUGUGCAGGAGCUUUCUCGGGACGCUACUGAUGUCCGGAACGGGAUAGGGACCGCGAGAAGUCGUGCUGCAGCUGGAGGCUCGCUCUGCGGGAUUUAGAAAGAGAGGGAGAGAAACGAGGAAAACGAGGAUGGACUUGGUGAUGGCACGGCAAUGAUCAUGGCCCUUUGGGCGGGCGAUCGGGCCGCUCUCCUCCGUCUGGCCCUUGUGUUGGUCCUGUCGCCAACUCCUCUGGUCCACUGCCAAGGUGACAGGCCACGGCUUCAGUUCACACAGCCGCUGUACCAUGCGUCCGUGUACGAGAACUCGGCGGCGCGAACGUAUGCGGUCAGCCAGGUGCGAAUGGGCGUGGAUCUCCAACCGCGCUCAUGGGAAGUGCGCUACAGAAUCACGGCCGGAGACGAUGAGGGAUUUUUCAAGGCGGAAGAAUACACGCUUGGGGACUUCUGCUUCCUCCGCAUACGCACCAAAGGAGGAAAUGCUGCCAUUCUGAACCGAGAGAUUCAGGACAACUACCAGCUGACGGUCAAAGCGUCCGUUAAGGGCGAAACAGUAGAAGCAUGGACCAAAGUGAGUGUACAAGUGCUGGACAUGAAUGACCUUCGACCUCUUUUUUCCCCAACAACAUAUUCGGUGACGAUUGCAGAAAACACUCCACUGCGCACCAGCAUUGCUCAAGUCACCGCCACGGACGCCGACACAGGCUCUAAUGGGGAGUUUUACUAUUUCUUUAAGGAAAAGAUGGAACUUUUUGCUGUGCAUCCAACCAGCGGUGUUGUUUCCCUCAGUGGGAAACUGAACGUGGACACGCAAAGCCGCUACGAUUUGGAAAUCCAGGCUGUUGACCGUGGGAUGAAACUUUACGGCAACAAUGGCGUCAGCAGCACCGCUAAACUCUUUGUCCAUGUUGAACGGAUCAAUGAGCACGCACCCAACCUCAAUGUUGUGACGCUAGCACCUGUUUGGGCCGAUGCUACGCCAGUAGUCGCUGUGGUGACGGUUGAGGAUGCCGAUACAGGACCGAACGGAGAGAUUGAGGCGGUAAACAUUGUGGAAGGAGACCCAUUUAAUCUGUUUGACAUCGAGAGAAUAGAAAUGGACAUGAAAGGAGAGGAGGGAGGAUCUAAGAAGGGAUCUAGUGAGUUUGUCCUUAAAGCUCCUGAGCAUCUAGAGUGGAAAAGUUACCCUUUUGGACUGAAUCUGAGUUUGCAGGCAAGAGAUCAUGGGACACCACAAAAAUCAUCAGAGGUUCAAGUAGUAUGCCUUAAGUUGUCCAGGCCAAGCCCAGUAGAAGUCCGGUUCGAGAAGGAGGUAUAUGAGGUCAAUCUGAGCGAAAUAGCCCCUCCCAGAACCAUCGUGUUGGCCGUAAAACUUCAUCCAGAGCCAGCCGAUGUUGAAUACAUCCUCACACCUUCUGCAGAUUCAGCGUUUUUUAGUGUCAAUAGUAUGACUGGAGUGAUUAGCACGUCACGGUGGCUCACAAAGCUCACACAACGAGAUUUUGAACUUGAGGUCAUGGAGGUCGACAGUGAACUGAGGGCUAAAGUUCGGGUGUUGCUGGAAGAUGCCAAUGACAAUGCUCCAGUAUUUACACAGCAGUCCUAUGAAGUGUUUGUCAAUGAAAGCAUCCCUGUCGGGACGACGAUUGUUGUGGUCACGGCUUUGGAUGCAGAUCAUGGGGAGAACAGUUAUAUCACAUACAGUAUGGCAAGUUUGAUUCCGCUGCCUUUCACUAUUCACCAGUUUAACGGCGCCAUCACAACCAGGCAGGAAUUGGACUUUGAGUCGUUCUCUGAGAGCUUCAGCUUUGUAGUGCGGGCUUCAGACUGGGGUGCCCCCUACAGGAGAGAGAGUGAAGUAAACAUCACGGUGCACCUUGAGAACGUGAACGAUAACAAGCCACUGUUUGAGAAAGUCGCCUGCGUCGGUGUGGUUUCCCGUGACUUGCCGGUCGGUGAGGUCAUCACUACCAUGUCCGCCAUAGACGUUGAUGAGCUGGAACUUGUGAAGUAUAAAAUUAUCUCAGGAAAUGAACAUGGCUUCUUUGAUCUGAAUCCUGAUUCUGGGGUCAUGACUCUUCGCCGGUCUCUUAUUACUGCAAACCCCAAAAGCACUUUUAGCCUCAAAAUCACUGCCACAGAUGGGGAGACUUUCUCCGACCCCAUGUUUGUGAACAUAUCCAUAGCACAGGGAAAAUCCCUGCCUAAAAGUUUCAGCUGUAUAGAAACACAUGUAGCUCAGAGACUCGCAGAGAAGCUGCUCAAAAAGGCCAAAGCCAACAGCAAGCCCAAAAUAGAGGAAGGUUUCAUUGACUUGUUCUCAGUGAACCGACAAGCGCCUCAGUUUGACAAAUCCUUUCCUACAGAUAUCACAGUCCGCGAGGAUAUGGAAAUUGACUCGAGUGUGUUCCAGGUGAAAGCAUAUGACAGCGACACUGGAUUUAAUGGCCAGAUACUUUACACUAUUUCCAGUGGCAACACAGACAGCAGUUUUACCAUCGGCACUCUCACUGGCGAGAUCAGGAUUUUCUUACCGUUAGACCGUGAAAGAACAGCCCGAUACGUUCUAAACCUUACUUUAUAUGAUUUGGGCCAGCCACAGAGAUCUGCUUGGCAACCCUUAACUGUCUAUGUGGAGGAUGCCAAUGACAAUUCUCCCCAGUUUCUUCAAGGCAAUGGAUACCGAGCACAGAUUCCGGAAAACACUCCCAUUGGCACGGAGGUGAUCCAGGUAGAAGCGACAGAUAAAGAUCAGGGAUCAAAUGGGGAGAUUCAGUAUUCUUUGCUCACAAGCACUUCUCAGUUUGGCAUCAACAGCUCCAGUGGGAUUGUAUAUGUUGCUGGACAGUUGGACCACGAGUCCGCACCAUCUUUCUUACUGAAAGUAGAAGCACGAGACCGUGCAGAAAGAAAUGCUCAGAGAUUUUCCGUAACCACUCUCCGUAUUACACUAGACGACGUCAAUGACUGUCCUCCUGCAUUUAUCCCAAGUGUGAUCAGUGCCCGAGCUCUUGAGGAUCUUCCAAUCGGUACUGUUAUUGCCUGGCUCGAUACUCAGGAUCCUGAUCUUGGCCCAGGUGGAGAAGUCCGCUAUACACUCGGUAGCGACUACGACGGCCGCUUCGAGGUGGACGCGACCAGUGGAGCUAUUCGUUUAACCAAGGAGCUGGAUUAUGAGACUCAACAAUUCUUUAACCUCACAAUUCGAGCCAAAGACCGAGGACGUCCAGUUUCUUUGCUAUCAGUCAGUUUUGUUGAGGUGGAGGUGGUAGAUGUAAAUGAAAACCUUUAUGCACCGUAUUUCUCCAACUUUGCUGUGAAUGCUUCAGUUAAGGAAAGUGCGCGGAUUGGGACAUCUGUUCUUCGAGUUUCAGCACGUGACGAUGAUACAGGUAGAGACGGCGAGGUUCAGUACUCCAUCCGUGAUGGAAGUGGCCUCGGAAGGUUCACCAUCGACGAUGAAACAGGAGUGAUCUACACUACGGAUCUGUUGGAUCGUGAGACGCAGGAUUCCUAUUGGUUGACGGUUUAUGCCACCGACCGGGGGGUGGUGCCUCAGUCAGCUGCACUGCAGGUCUACAUUCAGGUAGAGGAUGUGAACGAUAAUGCCCCGUUGACCUCUGAACCCAUGUACCACGCCUCCAUCCCUGAGAACUCUCCCAAAGACGUGUCAGUCAUCCAGAUCCAAGCCCAGGAUCCCGACGCCACGGCAACAGAGCCCCGCUUCUCAUUUCGCAUCGCCAGCGGCAACCCGCAAAACUUCUUCAGCAUCAACUCGCGCACUGGUCUCAUAACCACGACUGCCAGAAAGCUGGACCGAGAACAGCAGGCAGAGCAUGUACUUGAGGUGACUGUAUCAGACGGAGGACCCUCGCCCCGUCACACCACUGUGUGGGUGGUGAUUCAAGUCCUGGAUGUAAACGAUAACAAACCCAUUUUCCCAGAGAAACUCUACCAGGUACGUUUACCUGAGCGUGGGCGGAGACAGAGGGGCGGAGCCAUCUACCGCAUCUUCGCCUACGACACUGACCACGGCCCCAAUGCAGAGCUCACCUACAGCAUCGUGGAUGGCAACGAUGACGGCAAGUUCCACAUCGACCCCAAGACUGGCCUUGUGUCCUCUCCCAGGAAGCAGUUCCCCGCUGGAACAUACGACAUUCUCACUGUGAAGGCGGUGGAUAAUGGCCGCCCUCAGCGCUGGGUGACGGCUCGUUUGCAUAUCGAAUGGAUUCGUCGGCCGCCACCGAGCGCCGCGCCGCUGGCGUUCGAAGAGCCGCUUUACAACUUCACCGUCAUGGAAAGUGAUAAAGUGGCGGACAUUGUGGGUGUGGUCUCAGCCCAACAGCAGGGCUCCGCCCCCCUGUGGUUCGACAUCACAGGUGGGGAUGACGAGAGUGUGUUUGAUGUGGAGAAGGCCGUUGGGACGAUCAUCAUCGCUAAAGCUCUGGACGCUGAGCAGAGAUCCUUCUACAACCUCACAGUGGAGGUGACCGAUGGGACCAGCACAGCCUACACACAGGUUCUCAUCACUGUUCUGGAUCAGAAUGACAAUGCCCCAGUGUUCUCUCAGCCCAUCUACGAAGUCAUGGUUGCCGAGGACACGCCCCCGGAUACGGAGGUGCUGCAGGUUUUGGCGUCGGAUCGAGACGAGCAUCAUCGCUUGACCUUUGCCCUGUUGGGCAGCGUGGACCCCGCUAGCAUGCGUCUGUUCCGCAUCGACGCAAACACGGGUCACAUGUACACUGCACAACGCCUUGACCACGAGACUAACGCACAGCACGUCAUCUCCGUCAUGGUGAAAGAUCAGGAAUUCCCAUACAGACGGAGUCUUGCGCGCGUUCUCAUUGGUGUAGAGGAUGUAAAUGACCACGCCCCUCAGUUUACCAUGGCAAUGUAUGACGGACAGGUAUACGAAUCUGCGGCUCUUGGCUCUGCCGUCGUCACGGUAACGGCUCUGGAUAAAGACAAAGGCCAGAAUGCUCAGAUAACUUACAGUAUAGAAUCAGGAAACGCUGGGAACACAUUCCGGAUUGAUCCGAUUCUGGGAAUCAUCUCAGUGGCACGGGAAUUGGAGAUAUCCACCAUUGGUCACUACGUGUUAAUUGUAAAAGCCGUGGAUCAUGGCUCACCCGCUCUAUCUUCCACGGCUGUUGUUCGUAUUGCUGUGACACUCUCUGACAAUUCAGGCCCCAAAUUUCCCCAAAGCGAGUAUCAGGCUGAGGUUGCUGAAGGUGUUUCAAUCGGAACAUCAGUCACCACUGUAACAGCCCUUAGCCUGUCCACACUAACCUACGAAAUCCGUCACGGUAAUGGAGGUCGGACAUUUCGGGUUAAUCAGUACAGUGGUGUGAUCACAACUCAAAAAGUGCUCGAUUUCGAGACGAUUUCUUCAUACGUGCUGAUCAUCACGGCUACCAACAUGGCCGGCCAGUCGUCCAAUGCCACUGUAACGGUUGUCGUGCUUGACCAGAAUGACAAUGCCCCUGUGUUCCAGCAGCUGCAUUACCACGGUGACAUCAGUGAAGGGGCAGGGCUGAACAGCGUGGUGCUGAGUGAAUCUGGCGAGCCUUUGGUUAUCCGGGCGACAGAUGCGGACCGGAACCAUAACGCCUUGUUAGUAUAUCAGAUCCAGGAAGAGAAUGCGAGACGUUUCUUUACUGUAGACGCUGGCACCGGUUCCAUUAGAACCAUUGCUCAACUGGACCACGAAAAAACACCUACUUUCUAUUUUCAUGUGAGUGUAAGGGACAGUGGACGUCCACAGCUAUCAGCUGAACAUCCUGCGGAAGUCACCGUCCAAGUGCAAGACGUUAAUGACUGUGCGCCACAAUUUUCCAAGGACUUCUAUGAAGCCGUUCUUCUGCUUCCUACCUACGAGGGAGUGGAAGCCUUGAGAAUCUCUGCCUCUGAUCCUGAUGGAGAUGGUCAAUCGGACCUCAUCUACUCACUGACUGACACCAGUCUGGAGCACUUCGCUGUAGAGUCGAGCACUGGGCUAAUCACAGUCCAAAACAGCACCUUUGGCAAAGACCGUUUCCGGUUUAAUGUUCGCGUGUCAGACGGACGCUUCUCCAGCACAGCUCUAGUGACCAUUCUUGUGCGUGAGGCACUUGACAGUGGCCUGGCUUUCACACACAACAUCUACAAUGCUAACAUUCAGGAGAACAAUGCUAAUGUGACAACAGUCGCCGUAGUUACAGCGCUUGGCAACAAAUUAAACGAGCCACUACGCUAUACUUUGCUAAACUCUGGUGGGAGGUUUCGAAUCCGUCCCACAUCUGGAGCUAUAGAGACGGUAGGAGUCCCCUUAGACAGAGAGGACAAAGAGGAGUAUGGACUUCUUGUGCAGGCAAGUCGAGAGGAAGACCGGCUACGUGUUGCAAGGGCGCUUGUCCGUGUACGUGUCACAGAUGUCAACGACAAUGCGCCCAUUUUUGUUGGACUUCCGUAUUAUGCAGCCGUGCAAGUGGAGGCAGAACCAGGGGUGUCCAUAUUCCGUGUGACCGCGGUGGACAGCGACAAAGGUCAAAAUGGAGAAGUCAGCUACUUCCUCCAGGAUGAGCUAGGACACUUUGAAAUGGACCGUAGUAGUGGUGAGCUGAGAUUACGCCAGGCCUUUGAUGCCGAUCUGUCCAGUGUGGAAUACCAAAUCCUGGUUUUUGCUCGUGAUAGCGGCACACCAUCCCUGUCCUCUUCUAUCACCUUCCCUGUCACUGUUGUCAACCGGGCAAUGCCUGUAUUUGACCGGCCAUUCUACUCUGUUAAAGUAAGUGAGGAUGUACCGGUGUUCAGCCCUGUUCUGGGAAUCAAUGCCAGCAGUCCAGAAGGACAGGAUGUUCUCUACACCAUCACACAUGGCAAUGCUGAUAGCCUUUUCUCUAUUGGAUUUGACACUGGUAUCAUCAGCGUUAUAGCCCCUCUGGACUUUGAGGCCAAUCCGGUCCACAAACUGAUCAUCAGGGCAACAGACUGCCUCACAGGUGCUAAAGCAGAGGUGGAUGUCGAGGUGACCGUUUUAGACAUGAAUGAUAAUGCACCUGUGUUUGAACAACCAGUUUAUAAAGCAGUAAUCUCUGAAUCAGCCAUGAUUGGAACUCCUGCUUUGCAGGUGCAAGCGACAGAUAAAGACUCCGAGAGAAAUGCAGCAGUUCGCUACCAGAUCAUCCCUGACCGCAGUAACAGCACAGACCACUUUCACAUUGAUAGUAGCAGUGGUCUGAUCUUGACUGCUCGCACCCUCGAUCACGAAACCAUCCAGCGCUACGUUUUCUUCGUCAAAGCGACUGAUCAUGGCUUCCCUCCUCUUAGCACUGAGGUGCAGGUCAUGGUUCAGGUGACGGACACAAACGAUAAUCCUCCAGUCUUCAAUCAACUACUGUAUGAGGCAUCAGUUUACGAACUUGCACCCAAAGGGCACUUUGUCAUGUGCAUUCAGGCGUCUGAUGCAGAUCAGUCUGAUGUAGACCGACUACAUUAUGGUUUGGUAUUAGGAAACGAGCGAUUGCUAUUUGACCUGGACGCUUCCUCAGGGAUUCUGACUCUGAGUGGACAACGGCGCACGCAACGUAUGCCCCCCGCCAUCAGCCUGAACGUGAGCGUUUCGGACGGCGUUUUCACCAGUACAGCACAAGUGCACGUACAUGUAGAGUGGGCUAAUCUACACACGCCACAAUUCACCCAGGGCAUGUACGAAGCAGAGGUACGAGAGAACAUGCCAGCUGGAUCAAAGGUCCUUAUGAUUCGGGCUCAGGAUGCUGAUCCUGGACCAUUCGGAGAAGUGCACUACGUUUUGCUCUCGGAUGUAGCACGAUACUUGUUUAGUAUAGACAGCAAUGGUCAGAUAACGACUCUGGAGAGGUUGGAUCGGGAAGAGCAAAAUGAAUUUGUGCUGUCAAUUGCAGCAGUCGACACAGGAGGAAGAACUGCAUAUUGCCAUGUUCGGAUUGCAGUGCUGGACGAGAAUGAUAAUGCCCCACUUUUCGAUGCUUCGGAGUACCGUGCUAGUGUCCGGGCAGAGGUGGAGCCUGGCUCUUUAGUGACACAAGUGCAGGCUUGGGAUGCUGAUCAAGGGCUCAAUGGAGAGAUCAACUACAGCUUAUACAGUGAAGCCAGUAUCCAGGUCACAGAAUUGCUGGAUAUAGACCCUGAUAGUGGUUGGGUAGUUACCAAGGGCAACUUCAGCCCCCUUCGAGGGUCGGUGUUGUCCUUUUUUGUGAAAGCCUCAGACAGUGGUGUACCAGGCCGCCAUUCUCUCAUUUCUGUGUACAUUCAUGUGCUCUCAAACGAUGCCCACUUACCUGUCUUCAGCCAACCACACUUCUCCUUUACAAUUCCAGAGGAUACACCCAUUGGUCACACACUAGGAGCAGUGCAUCUGCAGAGCCAUCGUGGACAGACCUCUCUACCAGUCAGUUUCUCGACUGUGAUUGGUCAGACUGUGGAGAGUAAUAAUGAUGGGGUUUUUGUUGUGGAAAAGGAGAGUGGGAUGAUAAAACUGGAAAAGCCACUGGACCGUGAACAAACUCCUGAAUUCCAUUUUAAAGUGACCGCAACCCUGCAGCAAGGACUCGUAGAUUCAGUCGCUGUCGUAGAUGUGGAAGUAAAAAUUCUAGAUGUAAAUGACAACAAACCGGCAUUUGAGUCCAACUCAUAUGAAGCCUCCAUCGUUGAGGGACUUCCUGCUGGCACCAGGAUCCUCCAGGUGCUGGCAGUGGAUCCUGACUGGUCAGCCAAUGGUCAGGUGACGUACAGCCUCGCUCCACCUGGGCUUCUGGGUUCAGGAAGUGAGGAUUUGAAGGAUAGUGGGAGCUACUUUACAAUUGACAGCACUUCUGGUUGGAUUUCAACUCUAAAAGGCCUUGAUCAUGAACUUAACCCCAUCCACAGUCUUACAGUCUGGGCAUUCGAUCUCGGCGACCCAGCCAGUCUGUCAUCCUCGACGACAGUCGCCAUAGCAGUUGGUGACUCCAAUGACAACAUGCCCGAGUUUCUGCAGCCACACUACUACGGCAGCGUACGGGAAAGCGAUGCGCCUGGUGAAGUGGUUGCUGUGCUGAACACCCGUGAUGAUGACAGCUCUCCUAGCAACCGUCAGGUCACCUACCACAUCACAGGUGGCAAUCGUGGCGAUGUGUUCGCCCUGAGCUUACUCUCCUCCGAUUGGAAGCUGUACGUGAAGCGGCCGUUGGACCGUGAACAGCAAGAACGUUACGUCAUCAACGUCACGGCAACAGACGGCCUCCACGUUGCGACGGCAACCGUCCAUGUGCUCGUCACCGAUGCCAACGACAACAGCCCCGUGUGCGACCCGGUGGUGUACACUGCAUCUGUCUCGGAGGAUGUCCCUGUUGGGAAUCUGAUUCUCAGAGUGAGAGCGACGGAUGCAGACACCGGCUCCAACGCACAACUACAGUACACGCUGUCAGGGGGCGGGGCUGAGGACUUCACCAUACACCCUUACACAGGAGAGAUAAAAACAGCCACAUCAUUGGACCGGGAGAAAGUUGAGCGGUACUCUCUUGUUGCCAGGGCAACAGACGGGGGUGGGCUUUCAUGUGAGGCGACUGUUUCCAUCGUGCUACUGGAUGUUAAUGAUAACCCUCCUCGGUUUGGCUCCGCCCACUACGAGACCAGCGUUUAUGAGAACACGGCUGCGAAAGCGCUACUCACACAGCUAAAUGCCGUAGAUCCAGACCUGGGUGAGAGCCGUAAAGUAGUGUACUCACUGGUAGACUCAGCCGAAGGUGUCUUCUCCAUCGAUAAGUGGACUGGUGUGGUGGCUCUGGAGCGGCCGCUGGACCGUGAGGUCCAAUCCUCAUACCUUGUGGUGGUACGGGCGUCUGAUCUAGGUGUCCCCUACCGUCUCUCGUCUCUCACCAACCUCACCAUCGCUGUACUAGACGUAAAUGACAAUCCUCCGGUGUUUGAGCGGCGUGACUACAGUGCCACGCUGGGCGAGGAUGCAGCAGCUGGCACCGCAGUGCUGCGUGUCCAUGCGCACAGCAAGGACAUCGGGACUAACGCUGACAUCUAUUACAGCAUCCGGUCCGGGAACACGCAAGGGCACUUCAGCAUUGAAACGCACACAGGAGCGAUCUCCGUGUCUCACCCUCUGGACUUCGAGACCUGUAAAGAUUACUUUCUCACAGUAGAAGCUCGCGAUGGCGGCACUCCGCCCCUCACCGCUGUUGCCAUGGUGAACAUCAAUCUCACGGACGUCAACGACAAUGCGCCAAUGUUUGGCCGUGACGUUUACAGCGCCAUCAUCAGGGAGGACGCUAACAUCGGUGAUGCGGUCGUCAAGGUGACCGCCGAAGACAUCGACAGCCAGGUGAACGGUGACAUCCUGUACUCCAUUGUCAGCGGCGAUCGCGAGAACCAGUUCUUCAUCGAGCCAGUGACGGGCCAGAUCAAAGUCAACAAGCAGCUGGAUCGAGAAACGAUUGCAGGCUAUGCGCUGGCAGUAAGAGCUCUGGACAGCGGAACUCCCUCAUUGUCUUCAACUGUGAUCGUUAACAUCGACAUCUCCGACAUCAACGACAACCCGCCCACUUUUUCUCCAGCCAAUCACACAGCGGUUAUUCAGGAGAAUAAGCCGAUCGGAACGAGCGUCCUGCAGCUGUCCGUCACCGAUAAAGACGCUGCCCACAACGGCCCGCCUUUCCACUUCCGCAUCCUCACAGGAAAUGAUGGGGUGUGGUUUGCUUUGGACAGGGAGGGACUUCUAACUUCCAAUCAGAUGUUCCGCAGGUCUGAGAGAACGGAGUACGUCAUUCAGGUUGAGGCCCGUGAUUCUGGCAGGCCCCCACUGUCUUCGAUGACAGUCGUGCACGUGCGUGUGAUCGAGGAGAGCGUGCACGUGCCUGUAGCGUCUCCGCUACACGUCCACAUUGUCACGGUGGAGGAUGAGUUCCCGGGAGGCGUGAUUGGACAGAUUCACGCCACGGACCAGGACGCUUUCGACAUCCUCACCUAUGGACACACACACCAACAGAACAGCCUCUUUAAGGUGAACCCACGUGACGGACGCAUCAUCGCUCUGUCCGGUCUCGAUGCGGGUCGCUACUCUUUGAAUGCCACGGUGACAGACGGACGUUUCUCUGUGAGCGUGCCUGUGAGCGUGCACGUCGAGUGGGCGUCAGCUGCUAUGCUGCGUCACGCUGUCACUGUGCGCUUCGAGCGCGUCUCGCCACACGACUUUGUCUCACGCCACCUCACUGCUGUUCGCCGCGCCAUCGCCGAUGCCAUGGGGACAGGGACGCCCGAUGCCCUGCAUGUGCUCAGUGUGCAGCCGGUGGAGACCACGGGGCAGCUUGACCUCCUACUGGCUGUGGAAGCUCCAGGGGGCGGCGGCUUCCUGGCAGCAGCGCUGGUGAGCCAGAAGCUCAGUGCAGCACGGCGGCGGCUCGAGCAGGUCCUGCGUGUUUCGGCUGUUCUGGAUAAGAACUGUUCAGGCCUGGAGUGCGGAGAGGCACGCUGCGAACAGACCAUCACACUCGACACACAUGCGCUGCUCACUUAUACCACCAGCACCAGCAGCUUCGUCUCACCGCGCUUUCAACGGAGCGCACGCUGCGUCUGCACUGACGGGCGAUGUUCUGCGGUGUCAGAGGUGUGUGAGGACGUGGUCUGUCCCGAUGGCAUGCAGUGUGUGAAGACAGACAACAGUAGAGGACCGUAUGCCUGCCAGUGCCCGCCAGGAAAACUAGGAGAGUGUGCAGGUCACACCUCUCUGAGUUUCUACGGCAACAGUUAUAUAAAGUACCAUGUGAUUGAUGGCUGGAAGAGCGAUGAGGUGAAACUGCAGCUCCGCAUCAGAACACUGCAGAGUAGUGGAGUGAUCCUGUACACACACCCCGCCCCCUGUGCCAUGCUAAAGAUGGAGGACGGAUAUGUCCAGCUACAGCUUGGCUGCUCCGAAGGUGGUGGAGUCCUCGCCAUAACCAACCGACCAAUCAGUGAUGGUCUCUGGCAUCACAUGACCCUGGAGUUGGGUCGAAACUUCAGCAGUCUCUCAUUAGACGACUGGACACAGCAGGCCCCGCCUGUUUCCCACCUCCCUGGCCCCGACUGGUCCAUUUCAUUGGGGGCGCGGCUUAGCGACGGUUUCCAGGGCUGCCUGGACUCGUUGGCGCUGAACGACGACGAGCUGCCGCUGCACAACAAACAGGCACCGGCAGCAACACACACACGCUCACGCACACACACACAGGUGGAGGUGACGGCGCUGGGCGAGGUGACGCUCGGCUGUGUGCUUCACCACGAUCCGUGUGCACGCCAACCCUGUGCCCACGGAGCCGCCUGCACCAGCCUGGCCAACGGAGGUUUCUUGUGUAAUUGUGCUCCUCUGUACACCGGGCGGCGUUGUGAGACUGAGAUUGGUGUGUGCGCGCCAAACCCGUGCCGAAAUGGCGGUGUGUGUAAGCCCAUCGGCAACGCCUUCAUCUGCAGCUGUAAGAGAGGAUACACCGGCCUCAUGUGUGACGAGGAUGUAAACGAGUGUGAACGCGGUGAGCGCUGUGAGGGCGGAGCCUCUUGCGUCAACACUUUCGGCUCCUUCUACUGCAACUGCACCACGCCAGGCUUUGUGGGUGGCGCCUGUGCCAUCCGUCCUGUACUGGUCCCCGACAUGCGCUCUGGCCCCGCCUACUUUGGGCGGGAGGAGCUUAUCGGUGUGGCGGUGGUGCUGUUCCUGAUCAUGGCUCUUGUGUUUCUGUUCGUAGCCUUCAGGAAGAAAGUGUUCCAGAAGAGCUAUUCGCGCAAUGACCUGUCGCUCGUCCAGGACCCGGCCACCGCUGCACUGCUGCACAAAGCCAACGGUCACUUCCCGCCCCUGCAGUGUGGCACUGGAGACCCCAUCAGCCUCUACACCGAGGGUGGGCGGAGCUUAUUGUCUGGCGAACCCAUCGGUCUUUACACAGAGGGUGGGCGGAGCUUAUCAGGGCCACCCCAGGUCCCGGUGAGGCCGAUGGCAUACACACCAUGCUUUGGGACUUUGGAGAAAAGGGGUGGUGACAGAAAAGGCACGGAGCUAACUGAGAUGAGCACGUUCAGACAGGGGGCGGAGUCACCGAGAGUGGUGGGCAGUAUGACGAGGAGGGGCGUGGCCGUGUGCAGCGUAGCGCCCAACCGAUCAGAGUGUGACUCACCGAGCAACAAGAGAAGCUGGGAGGAUGAUGAUGAUGGGAAAGUAGACAUGUUGGAGGAGGUCACGUGUUUUUCAGGCAGCAACAAAGGCAGCAACUCUGAGGUCCAAUCACUGAGCUCCUUCCAAUCAGACUCCUGUGAUGACAACGCUUCCAUAGUGACGGUCAUUCGACUCGUCAACGAUGCAGUUGACACGAUCGAAAACGAAGUCUCAGUUAUGGACCAAGGUCAAUCCUACAGCAGAGCGUACCACUGGGACACAUCUGAUUGGCUGCCGACGACGAGGCUCUCCGACAUCGAAGAAGCGGCACAAGGAGACGUGGGCGUGGCUUUGGAGUCGGACUACUACCUAGGUGGCUUCGACGUCGACAGCGAGUACCCGCCCCCUCAGGAGGAGUUUGUGUCACGUGCGUCGCACGCAUCACGUGCGUCACGUGACCGACUGCCUCCGCCCCUUCCUGGAGAAGAUUACCUGCCGGACACCGCGCCUGUCAGUCAACCUGUUUCCACGGCGAGUACGCUGACCAGAGCCCGCCCACAGUUCCACCCGAGCCAGUAUCUUCCUCCUCAUCAGCUGCCGCUUGGAUCCGAGGGGGCGGAGCUGAGCGCUUUUGCGAGCGGGGACGAGCGGCUGUCAAUCAAAACGUCCUCCGUGUCCGAUGUCUCCGGCCCCUUUAGGUUUGAGGAUUCCGAAACUGGAGGAAGUCUGGACAGUUUGGACGAAGCACAGACUCAGCCAUACACACAACAGACUGAAGUGUGAUUCCUCCCACACACACACUCACACACACACACACACACACACACACACACACACACACACACACACACACUUUCAGACUUUCAGAAUUUCCCAAACAGGAAGUCAUGCACACGUUAGGGAAUCAUGUGACUUGUGACAUGGAUAAACAGAAAUGUGUGUGUGUGUAUGUGAAACAAAUCUCCUGCUCACAUCGCACAUGUGUGUGUAUCAGUGUAUCAGCACAGGUGUGUGUGUGUGUGUGUGUGUGUGUAUCAGUGGACUUUUGUACAGCCAAACAGCACAACUCAUCGAACGUUUUUUAAAUCCGACGUCUCGGUUCUGUAUUGCUUUGUGUUUUUGUUUUGUUUUUUGCACUAAGAUGCCAGUGUAGUAUGAAAUAAUAGAUAUGAGGUUAUCUCUCUUUCCGUCUCACUCUCUAUCAUCCCUCUGUCUGUCUCCCGCCUUCUGUCUCUCGUCACUGCAGGGUGAAACGUCGCUCUGUUUAACCUCUGCCCCACAAAUAACACUAUUUUUCAAGAUGUCUGACAUUAUUGGGAUGCUGUGAGUGUGUGUGUGUGAGUGAGUGUGAGAGAGAGAGAGAGAGAGCAGGAGUGCAUCUCACUUGUAAGUUUCUGUAAGAUAUUAAGACUGUCUAUUGUUCCUUUCAUUUGUAUAUCAGAAAGCCAUAUUGUUAGUGUGUGUGUGUGUGUGUGUGUGUGUGUGUGCACGCAAAGCAAAUAAGUCUUAUUCACUAUAGCUGGCCAUGUAUAUAGUAAGAACAGUGUGAGAGCUGAAAAUGAAAAACGGCAGAAAAAAGUUGUUGAAAAAUGGAUAGAGUGGAGGAGUAACGGAGAGAUGGAGAGAAAGACGCAGGGAAAUAAUAAAUAAAUAAAAAGAAAAAACUCAUCACGGCUGACGGAAGUAAUAAGGAGGAGUGUGUGUGCUAAAAAAAAAAAAAGGAGAGGGAGAGAGGAAAAGAGCUACGUGAAAGCAGGCUUGAGAGAAAGUAAGUGAGGGAGAAAGAGAGAGAGAGAAAACUGCCAAGUCAUCAAACCAAAAGAAGACAUGAAGGAGGAUAUUUUCUUUUUUUUUGUUCUGUUUCAUCUCCAACACGCACCUGAGCUAAGAGCUGCGUGUUAGUUACCUGCCUCAUGCGAGACAAAUUAGCAACAUGCUAACGUACCGAAACAGCAGCGCUGAGCGACGACGUCAUCAAACACACCCGAGGAGAAGAGAAGGAACAAGCUAUGGAGGGGGGGAAGAGAAAUAAAUAACAACAUUUUUAAAAAUUUUGUGUUUUAUUUAUUUUAUUUUGUUCGGGAUAUUUUUUUUUUUGUUCUUCUUCUUCAUCUCCAAAACACACCUUGAGCAAAGAAACGUGCCUUGGCUGUGUUAGACACCUGCCUCAGGUGAGACAGAAGACAAAUUAGCGACAUGCUAACGUCUAGAAUCACCAACAUUAAGCGAUGACAUCAUCAAGCACACCUGAAAUUUAGGUGAAGUUUGUUGUUGUUGUUGUUUUUGUUUUAUUUUUUUACAAUUGUUGUCCCAUUUUUUUUGCUUCAAAACACACCUGAGGAGAAGAGAAGAACGAGGGAAUAGAUUUUUUUUUUUAAUGUUAAAGUGAGGGGAAAAAAUGACAAAAUUUGGUGAUUUAAAAAAAAAAAAAAAUGUAAUCGUUUGAUUUUUGUUAGUUUCCUGUCUCAAGUGAGAAACGCCAAUGUCGAUGACGAUGACAUCGUCAAACGCAACCCGAGAGCUGCUGAGCGGCCAAAACAAAAGAGACAAGAGAAGAACGAGGGGAACAAUAUAGUUACAAAUUUCACAUUUUUGUGAAUUUUUAUUUUUUUUUUACUUUGGCAAUUUUUUUUGUUUCAAACAAAAUUCCAAAACACACCUGAAACCAGUUUUUAUUUAAAAAAUUUUAUUUUUAUUUUUAUUUUAAAUUCCUGUUUUUAGCUUGAAAACACCUGAUGGCUGAGAAUCCAUAUAUAUAUAUAUAUAUAUAAACAGAAGGUUGUUUUUUUUUCUUGGUUCUUUUUUAUCUUGAAAUCAGACCUGAGCAAAAGAAAUGAACAGGUGAACAGGACUCGGAUGUGGUGUGGGAAAUUAGCGAGGACAGCAACUCGAAAUUGAGGAAUUUUUGUAGUUUGGAGAAUUUUUUGCAAAAACCUUUUUAACGACUUUUACUGUUUUGGCUUCGAAUAAACAAUUAAAAUAUUAUAGAAGUUUAAUUACCUGGUUAAAAGUGAGGCAGGAAAUGUACUUUUAUUUUUUUUUAAACCGAUGAAAACACUGCGAAUGUUAGUGGUUCGUGUUGUUUUUCCUUUUAGGAUUUUUGAGUACUUUCCAUCCUGUCCUUCAGCUUCAAACACACCCGAGUGAAAUGAGCGCCCACGAUGACGUCACCAAACACACGUACGUCCAUCGGAUUUUUAAAAUAACGUUUUGGCUUCACGGUUAAAAAUGAAAGGUUGAAAGUUGUAGGUUAACUUCCUGUUUCAGGUGAGACGGUUACUAUAAAAAUAAAUAAAUAAAUAAACAACAACGAAAAGUGAUGAAAAUAUGGAAAAAUUGGACAUAUUUUAAUUUCCUUUUUGGUGAAAUGGAAAUCAGUAGAAUAUUAUUAGUUUCUGGAAAUGUCUUUUUUUUGUUGUUGUUGUUUUUUUAACUGUCGCAUUUCAGUUAUUUUUCUUAGGCGCGUGAUCAAAACAUUCAUAUCUUUUUCAGUACUUUUUCCGUACUUUUCCUUCACCUCACUUUCACACACCUGAGACAGGUAACACACCACACCAGUGUGUACUGUACAUCUUUGCUCAGGUGUGUGGGCUUUAAAAAAACAAAACAAAACAAAACAAAAAAAACAGUUUAAAUUUGACAUUUUUAAAGGACAUAAAUCCCAAAUCAGACUUUCUGAUGUCAUUAGCAUGUCUCUCGACACUUUCUAACACGUGUAAGACGGGUAACUGUUCAUUUAUUCAUCUAUAAAAUCUUCGCCCUUUUGCGUUUCGUGUGUGUUUAAAGGUGAAACAGGAACAAAGUGUCCCAAAAUCAGCACAAUUCUCGACUCGCACACUCGAGAAAGACGUCUGGAUCGUAACACACUUUUCCUGGGAGAGAUGUUGUACAGUGUAUAUAGCUUCUCCAGUUCUUCGGUUCUUUGAAUACUGUUUUUUUUGUUUGUUUUUUUGUAGAUAUGAAAUUGAAUUGAGAGCCGGAUAAGGAUUAAGAUCUCUCUCUCUCUCUCUCUUACAUACACACACACACACACACACACCUAUUUUCGAGUAUGCAAAAAUGCUGAUUCUACUCAGCGUUGGGUUUUUUUUGGUCUCUAGACAGGGGUGUAACCUGACCUGGGCAUGUGGCUGUAGACCCAAAGAUUUUCGGGGGGAUCUUUGAGCAGGAAAUCAAGGUGUGUGAAUGUCUAUAUGAGUUUAUGAAUAUGUAUAAAUUACGUGGAUAUGAUAUGAGCAGAGCAUAAGGACAGAUAACGCAGUUUGCAUGGUACUGUAGCAGCAAAACCCAUACAGUGAUAGAUUAGCUGUACCUCCCCUUGGCUGGCGACACCAGACUAGCCUAAUCUCGUGUUAGAUAAUCAAAACGUUUGACAUUUUAUCGGUCUCGUAGUCCUGCAAACAGUGAGGCAAGUUUUAUGAUAAAUCCAACUUUUUGUCCAAUUUUCACAUUUUUUAAGCCCUCACAUCCAAGAAAAAAGAAAUGCAUGCAAACAGUCUAUUUAGAAAUACGUUUCUGGCCUCAGCCCUGAAUGAUUAACGGUCCAGCUAACGCCCCUGUCUCUAGGAUCAUCCGCUUCAGUUUAUAAAAAAAAAAAAAUAAAUAAAAAAAAAAACAAA